AUGCAGUGGUUGUCUGGUCUCGGUAUGUUGCAUCACCUGGAUAUGAGUGGUGUGGACCUUAGCAAGGCAGUUGAUUGGCUUCAGGUGAUCAAUACCCUUCCUUCUUUGGUUGAACUACAUUUAUCUAGUUGUGCACUCUCAGAUAUCCAUCCAUAUGUUCAUCGUCUUAAUCUAACGUCCCUUUCCUUACUUGAUCUUUCUGGUAACUAUUUUUAUAUAUCCGUGCCGCCACAGUGGAUAUCUAGUAUGACCAGUCUGGUUUCUUUAGAUUUAAGUAUGAGCUUUCUUGGCCCUCUUCCUAGCUUCCGCAAUUUGACAUCUCUUGAAUUUCUUUAUCUGAAUGGUAACAAUUUGAUGAACUCCUCAUUAGUAUUAGAAGAAUUGUCCAAUAGUAACCUCAUCUCAUUAGGUAUUAGUUCUUGUGGUAUUUCAAGUUCACUUAUCGAUUCACUUCACAACUUAACCUCUCUUCUUAGCCUUGACCUUUCAUACAAUCAACUCACCAGGAUAAUACCUAAAUCAUUAGGUAACCUUUGUAAUAUAAGAGAGAUUGAUUUGUCACGUAAUAGUUUUGGUAAUAUUACUCUAACAUAUCUUCUUAAAAGUUUUCUUGAAUGCAAAUCACCUACCUUAGAGUCAUUGUCCUUGCGUGGGAACUAUAUAGAUAGUAUAAUUCCUCUUACUAUAGGACAAUUAUCUCUUCUAAGGACGUUAGAUAUUAGUCUAAACCAAGUUUCUGGUCCCAUACCAUACUCAAUGGAGCGGUUAUCUUCAUUGGAGGUGUUGGAUCUUUCAGAUAACCGCAUAAACGGCAGCCUUCCCAAUUGGAUUGGACGACUAUCGUCAUUGAAGGAGUUAAUUCUUUCAAAUAACCAACUAGAUGGCAGCCUUCCUGAUAGCCUUGGUCAACUUUCAAAGUUGAAUUCUUUAGGUUUUUCUAACAAUUCGUUGACGGGUGUUGUGACAGAAUCUCACUUUGCAAAACUAGUGAGCUUGAAUUAUCUAGAUGGAGCAGGAAACAACUUAACUUUCAGACCGCAAAUUUGA